AUGGCUACUUCAACGGCUUUAAAACACCAACCUUCUCUUUCCUCAACAAAAUCUAACAACAACAUCAAAUUCCCAUGCGACCCGCACGUAGUGUACAUACUCCAAGGCAUAAUCCGUGACUUACAGUUUUUAUGCGACGGUGGCUAUAUCAACCGCGUAGUUUUCGAUGAGAUAAUAGACAAAUUACCAAAACCUGUAACUCACUUCAUUCCCAAUAAUACACCUGCCGCAUCACCUUCUCCAUCUCCAGUAGGUAUGCAUAAUCUUCCGUCAGAAAUCAACACGCAAGUAACAGUUUCGAGGGCAAGCGUCAAUUCGACAUCAAAUACAGAUUCGCCGACAGAUUCUCCGUUGAUGAAAGAUGAUUUUUUCGAUGUGGACGAGGAAAUUAUGAAGAGAAAUGUAAGUGAAAGAUUUGAAGAUGAGUCGGCGAUUGCGUACGGACGAACUAGUAGUACCGAAGAAGAUUCAAAUUUUUUGGACGGGAGGAUGGAAUAUAUGAGAGAAGCGGAAGAGAGGUCCUUGAGAUCACUGGCAUCGACAACAGACCACGAAGCUGUUACAACUCAUAGCGAUAUCACAUCUCAGUCAUCUCAGAAUCGUCGCAUGAUGCGAUCACCGGCACCGUCGACAACAUCAUCACAUGUAGCUAAUUCUAAUACACAUCCCCGUCCCACCAACGACAUGUAUCCUAAUUCUAGUGCGUCUAGCCCUACAGAAACUUAUGCUCCGUCACGUACUACGGCAAUAUCUAGUUUAGCAUUGCCUCCUCCAGCAGGUGAUGCGCCGAUGCCACAACGUGGACAGUCACAAAACGGACAACAUAUUCAACCACAAUCGCAACAACCAAGAUCAAGGAGAGCAUCGUCAGUUGCAGCACCGGCUUAUUUAGCUAUCGUAGAGGCAUUAUGGGAAUUUUCUGGAGAUGAUGAUGGUGAUCUGACGUUUAGAAAGGGAGACAUAUUGGAAGUCAUCGAAUUCGGUAAAUAUAUUAAGCGGGGAAACUAUGACGGCGGAGGAGACGAUCGGGAUAGUACGAGUAUAAACUUUCCGAUUGCUCUUGCCCGUCGUUUUGUUUUUCAAUUAAUUCUGAUUGGUGGCGUGGUCGUUGUCUACGAACAGGAAAAAUGGGAAUAUUUCCAAGGGUGUAUGCCAGAAUAUUCCGGGUUCGUCCUUCCACCAGACGAAUUCAUAUUACACAACAAGACCCCAAAUGUAGCAAUCAUCGGUAUAUCAACACAUUCAGCACCUCAAAAUGCUCAAGUGUAA